AUGCUGCAUUCGCGUCCUUCGUCUUCGGACGCUUACCAAGCAAACCACCAAAGAGUUGGCUCUACCCCGAGGAGCAACUACCGCAGUUCGCCCUCUGCAGCUCCAGUGCAGCCCUAUGCAUUCCAAUCAACUCCUCAACUGAGGCAGGAAUCGCGCACCAUCUCGGCCUCUUCCAAUGUGCCUCAGACCCAACAGAAGGGCCACAAGAGCACUUCCUCCACCUCGACCACCUCUUCGGCCGAUCUUACCACAAAGACUCCACCAUUGAGUCCAGGAAAAGACGCCUUCAUCAAUUUGUCUUCCAGCAUUCCCGACCUCUCGUUGACAUCGUUUGAGACGACGCCAAAAUCUUCUCCCAACAGAUAUCGCCGAACCCCUCAACGUGCUGAUUCUAACCAUUCGCUACAAAAGGCGCCUUCGCCUGCUUCGUCAGUCGACAACCUCUUGUCACCGCCUGCUCCUCAGCUCAACAGAACCUCGAGUGAUGACAUUACCGUCACAAAAUCCGGCACCUCUGAGUCCGCCAAGAGAUACCGUCGACGAAGCUUGAACAGCCUGGAGAUGAGUAAGCUUGAGGACGGUCGUCCUUCUUCUCAGGGCAAUGCUCCCAUUCGACCUGUCUCGUUUCAUUCGCGGACCAGUAGUGGCGAUAGCACCGGUCGACGAGUGCCAACUUCGUCUACACCCCCUCCUGCUGAGUCUGGCAGAAUAUCACCUGCUGCUUCGGGCAGUCCCGUGAAAAUGCCUAUCCGCGGCAGUGCCACAAACCCCUCCCCUCUUUCAAAGUCGCCCAUCACUGGUGGCCCGCAGUCGCCAGUUGAAGAAACUCCCAGACGUCUCAACACAGCGCAGCCUCAAAGCCCGGCAGCUCAGCAACUCGCUCAUCUGUCGGCCAACGAUCUGAACAGAGGAAUGAGAUCUCGUUUCAGACGAGCUUUCUCCUUCGGUGCUACCCAGGAACUGCGACGAUCAAGUGAGAACCUGCCUACACAGGGUGCCAUCAAUCCCCUGGACGAAAUGGAUCCUGAACAAGCUGCCAUCGCCAGACAACAAGAAGCUGCCGGCAUCGGUUCGAGCAUUUACACAGGACAAGGUGGUUUUACUGGUUCGACCGACAACUUGUCCAUCUCUUCGACUGCUUCAUCCGCAUCGAUGAUGCUGCGUAAGAUGGGCAAAGGCAUGAAGAAAGGUGGCCGUUCCAUCAAAGGUCUGUUCAGGCCCAAGUCGGUUAUCGGCGUGCCCGCCGCCGACGGACCAGUCCAGCCUAGCAUGGCACAGGUCUCGAUGGUCACAGUCGAAGCCGAGAGACGGAAUGUUAACGUCAACGCGCACCCCGGUGAGCAACCCGCUGGAGGGACUGGUUUCCCCAAGCUGGAGAAGAACUCAAUAGAGACUGCUCGCAAGUCGAUGGAUGGCCGUAACGACUCUAUGCGCAAAAGCAUUGUCGGUAACGACUCAGAGAGAGCAGAAGUUUUGGCUGCAGUCAAGAAGGGCAUUCUUAAGCGCGCUGGCACUGGCUCUCCAAUUGCAUCUCCUGACCUUCGCCCGCGAGACGGUACUCUAUCGACCGAUUCGCACAGCCCAGCUUCCAGCAUCCCCACAACACCCAGAGACGAUCGCGGUUCGCGAAGCAUGUCCUCGACCACCAGUGACUACUUCAAUAACCGCCUCGGCGUUUCUGCAGCCAAGAGCAUGCCUAAUACUCCUGGCCAAGGAGGUUCUCGCAAUAUCAGCUUUAGCCCUCGCAUUCAAUUCUACGAUGCCUGGUCAGCGUCGGACUACGACCGCCGAGGUGACAUUGCCACUUGCAAUCGUUUGACCCCGAUGCUCGCUCAGCAAAUCAAGGAGGAGCUCAACACUUUCAAGAUGGAAAUGGAGGUGCACGAACUGUCCAAGCCUCAUACGCAUUUCUUUUAA